CACCGAUCAUCAUCCAUUAGCGCGCGACGAAUCGUUCUCGCCUGACACGCGGAUAUACACGUCUACCUCUCCUCGAUCGACGACGUUCCACGCGUGUCCGUAUUACCGUACGAUAUCACAAACACUCGGGUGGUGCAUAUCGAACGUGCAACAAGAGCCAAACGAACGAGUGUCUCUGCGAGUGGAUUUAUCAGUGGACCAACCCCGGAACAAUGCUGACCGACUGGGAAAAAAUGCCGUCUCUGAAGCUCGGGGACUUCACGCUCGAGAUCGAGCUUGGCGAACCGAGCGAGGAACUGAAGGAGGUCGCGAAGAAGGAGCUCCGCGAGUCCCCUGAGCUCCAGAAAGAGGCCGUCGCUAAGCUGAAGGAAUUGUUGAAAGCCGAGACAGACCUGAAGGUGCCGCUCGACAACGAUGCCUGGCUGAUCCGUUUCCUUAGGCCGUGCAAGUACUAUCCGGAGUCCUCGCUGAAGCUGGUGAAGAACUAUUACAGCUUCAAGGUGAAGCACAAGAACGUGUACCACGAUCUGAAGCCCAGCCGCGAGAAGAACAUAUUCGAGCAGAAUAUACUGACCGUGUUGCCGAACCGCGAUCAACACGGCCGACGGAUACUGAUCAUCGAGCUCGGGAAGAAAUGGAAGCACAACAAGUGCAGCCUGGACGAGGUGUUCAAGGGUUGCGUGCUCUACGUGGAAGCGGCUAUGUUGGAGCCGACCACGCAGGUCGCGGGGGCGGUCGUGAUCUUCGAUAUGGAGGGACUUACGUUACAACAGACCUGGCAGUUCACGCCGCCGUUCGCGAAACGGAUCGUCGAUUGGCUCCAGGAUGCGGUUCCUCUUAGAGUCAAGAAUAUUCACAUCGUCAAUCAACCGUAUCUGUUCAACAUGGUGUUCUCGUUGUUCAAGCCGUUCCUCAGGGAGAAGCUGAAGAACAGGAUUAUUUUCCACGGCACGGAUCGCAAGACCCUGCACGAGUACAUAGCGCCGCAAUGUUUGCCAAGCUGUUACGGUGGCACCCUGCAAAUCCCCCGUGUCACCGGGCCCCAGUGGUUGGCACUGUUGGUGAUGUGCGACAAGGAGUACGACGCGAUCAACUCGUACGGUUACCAAAACACAAAAUAGCCGGUGACCACACACGCUGCAACCAACGUCCCUCCGAGAAUGGAUGAAGAGGAAAAGACGAUUGUCUCCGGUGGAUCGGUAACCGGAAAUCGAAUAGUCGAAAGGCGAUCCCCGAGCAACGACGACGGCUUUAGUUAUUUAUAAAGAAAGAAGCGACGACGGGGGCUUGUUUAUUGCUGUCACCACCAAUGCUGAAUUUUUCUACCAAUUUACGAGCAACGUAGAAAUAUUUAUCUAGAUUUAGAGGAAUUACGAUAUAUAUAUAUACAUAUAAGUUGAAUCGAUGGAGAAUUGUCUCUCGAUAAGAGUUAUAUCGUUCUCCAAUUUUCCACUCGAAACGAGACAGAAAAAAAAACUUAACGAGACGCCUGGCGUGGCUCGUAUAACGAUCGAUGAAAUUGAUUAAUUGUGGAAGUUAACACCUUUUUGGUGCUUAUCCUGUCCCGAUGCGGCGAUUCUUUAAUGAUCCCCAUCGCAUUCGUUGUUUGUUUACAAUUCGGAGCGUGUGUGUGUGUAUGUGUGUAUGUGUGUGUGUCCCAAUCCGUUGUUUAUCGACAGAUUUUACAUAGGAGAAAUAUGUAUGUACUUAAUUAGAGGCGGCACGACGUAAACGUGGUUGUAAUUAACACAUGCUUGCUCGUAUCCGAACGAUAAACCUAUUUUUCUACGUGAAUUCUUUCUGCACACUCUCAUGGAAACGAAUCGAGCUUAGCGGCCUCUGUACUACUGCACACGCUAUAUAUUUCAUUGAGAAAUCGUUCGUCGUGUGUGUGUGUUGUUUCCUCUUUUUUUUUUGUUUGUAAAUUUCGAUGUCAAUUAAACACAUGUUUCCGUCGAA